AAUAGAACCUGUAAACCUGCCGUGGCUCAUACGUCGAAUAAGAAGGUGUGGUGGUCUGUGUGCUGGCGUUGAGGCCCUGGCGUUGUACAGUGCUUUAUUGGAGACAACGGAAUACUUGUUUGCGUACGAUUUGGGGCGUGGUGAGGUGAAACAACACAAUGCACAAGAAUGAAAAGUGCUUAUCAUGAUGGCAUGUACAACGUUGAGAGUGAAACAGAAGAGUUGACAGUUGGAUGCCAAGUCUGCGCGUCAAUAGGACACAGGUACGAAGACGAACACAAGGGAGGUCCUCGACUCGCUAAGAUACAACUGCAUGCAGAAUAUAGCAUCAUCAGGGGAAAGAAAAGCAAAGAAAAGUCGUCAUUUCUGGGAAUAGUAGCAAAAACAGUGUCGGCGUUACGUAACAGUGGCGGGGGAGUGUUGCUUGUACACGUGGAGGGGAUAUCAUCAGAAGAUAAGUGUCUCGAAUACUUUGAUGAGUUUGUAGUAAAGACAUUUACAAACCUACUGGAAGGUGGUGAACUUUAUACUGACUCAUACGAACGUUAUUUUCUUAGCGAUGAGCCGAAAUUCACAGACGUAAGUGACGUCCUUGUAGUUAAAGUUAGCGAGACAGCUGGUGUUGUUACGGUUGAUUUCAACACUAAGGCAAACAAUGAUAAUGAGAACCUGGUAAUAAAUUCAUUGACCCUUUUGGAAGUAUUGAAUAAAACGGAAACAAAUCCGAAGGACCAAGCUAUUCUAAGGAACCUUCCCUGUAAUGUUCACACUUUUUAUGAGGAUCGACAUAUACAGUUGAAAGCAUUUAAAGACAACACUGAACAGAUUCAGCGUAUACAAGCUAAUGUGGGAAAGCUGACUGAUCACAUCUGGCACAUUCUUAAGCUGAAAGACAAUAUAACUUCUAUGUCAAAGCUGGUUCAAGGCGGGUCAUACUACUUGGGUGUUAACGAAAAGAAAGUUCUCACAGAAAGAGGUUAUCAAACAAAAGUAUCAGACAUUGUUGGUUUCAAGCUACAUGUGAAUCAAGCAUCCUUGAUAGAAAGUAUCUACAGGAAGGUUGAGACUGAUCUGUGUGUACUGACAAGGCAUGGAAAGUUUACCGACGCUCCUAGUGACCUGAUAAACAUAGCGUUUCAUCCUACCCAAAGACAACAUUUUGUUAUGGAAGUAGCUAUUCGAUAUUGCGAUGGAGUUGUGUUUUAUGAUAGAGAUGGGCCGAGAUCCUACAUUCUCGAUGAAAAACUCAACACGGUAAGACGAAUGAACAAUGUUGAAUGGCUUGAGAAAUUCCGUAGCACUCAUGAAUUCUAACUUGAAAGUAGCAUUUCCUAAAUAGUAUAUCAUUUUGUGGAAAGCAUUAUCAAAACAUACUGUUCAGUAGACAUCAGCUGUACUCAAAAAGCACCAAUCAGGAAGCACAAAUAACACCAUCAGCUGUACUCAAGUAGCACCACCAGCUGUACUCAAGUAGCACCAUCAGCUGUAUGCUCAAGUAGCACCAUCAGCUGUACUCAAGUAGCACCAUCAGUAGGCUCAAGUAGCACCAACAGCUUUACUCAAGCACCACCAUCAGCUGUACUCAAGCACCAUCACCAGCUGUACUCAAGUAACACCAUCAGCUGUACUCAAGCAGCACCAUCAGCUGUACUCAAGCACCACUACCAGCUGUACUCAAGUAACACCACCAGCUGUACUCAAGCAGCACCAUCAGCUGUACUCGAGUAGCACCACCAGCUGUACUCAAGCAGCACCAACAGCUGUACUCAAGCAGCAUCACCAGCUGUACUCAAGCACCACCACCAGCUGUACUCAAGUAACACCAUCAGCUGUACUCAAGCAGCACCAUCAGCUGUACACAAGCAGCACCAUCAUCUGUACUCAAGUAGCACCAUCAUCUGUACUCAAGUAGCACCAUCAGCUGAACGCGAGUAGCACCAUCAGCUGUACACAAGCAGCACCAUCAGAUGUACUCAAGUAGCACCAUCAUCUGUACUCAAGUAGCACCAUCAGCUGAACGCGAGUAGCACCAUCAGCUGUACUCAAGCAGCACCAUCAGCUGUACUCAAGUAGCACCAUCAUCUGUACUCAAGUAGCACCAUCAGCUGAACGCGAGUAGCACCAUCAGC